AUGACAGAUGUUAACUGGGAUGUCACGUUCCUCCUGAAUCGUCGGUACGACAUUGCCCGCGCUGACGAGGACUUCCCGAUCUUGAUUCAAGCGCCCGCAGAUGGAACACUGUACCAUGUGCCUGCAAUGCGCCUCUUCCCCGAUGGUCAACUACCAUCAGAAACGUUUUUCAUUCACCUGAUGUUCAAGCCCCGGAAAGAAUCUCUAGAUCGCGGAGUCUAUUUGAUGUCGAUUCGUGACCCGGACGGGACACUUCGACUCAGUCUGCGACUGGUUCAUGUUGCUACCUAUCAAGUCAUUUUCACCUAUCACCCAGUAGACAUGGAAGAGCAGAAGCAAAUUGAAUUCUCUAUCCCCUGGACGGACGGAUACUGGCAUUUGGGCAUCCUGAUCGAGCCGGAACACGUGAGUUUUGCAUGGGUAUUGAAUCGCAUUGACACGCACGUGUUCAUCUCUGUGAGUUAG